AUGAUGUCUGAGUCGCAGGAGUCCGGCCCGGACGCGACGCCGCGCGACCAGGGCCAGCGGAGCCAGCGCAAGCGCGGUGCCGCGAACAACUCGCAGGCCGUGAGUCCACGACCGUCGAAGGCCAUGAAGGUCGACGUCACUCAGGCGUGGAAGCGCUACGAAUACCAGUGCAUCAAGCACUACAUGGAGACCGCGGGGGCCGCCGCGGAAGUGUGGCACUGGGACGACGUUCCCUACGACGAGCUCUUCCGCGCGGGAUGGUUGCCCGACUUUAUGUCGAUCCGCCUGUGCAAGCGCGUGCCCGAGUACGGCCUGGACGGCCUGGCCAAGCACGGCGAUUCCUACGUCGGAAUCCAGUGCAAGGAAAGGAAAACCACAUGCGGGAGCGACCUCGGCACCUUCCAGGUCGCCGUCGCCAUGCUGCGGGACAAGAACCCCGGCAGCGGGGGGGUCGUGAUGUACUCGGGUGGCCUGGACCGCUGGCUCAAGGCCAGCGCCCCAGCGCUCGAGAGCACGGAGAACGUGCGCCUGGAGAGGCUGCUGUACGCCCCGCCGGCGCAGGAGACGCCCGUGGACGACACCAGCGGGGAGGCAAAGGCGGCGCUGUACCCCCACCAGAGGGAUGCGGUGGAGCGGCUGCGCGAGGGCUGGGAAGGCCUGGGGAUCCUCCAGAUGCCCUGCGGAACCGGGAAGACCGUCGUCUUCGCCACGGUCGCGCAGCGCUACCAGACCGUCGUGGUCCUGUCGCCCCUCAGGAUCCACGCCAAGCAGACCCUCGACCGCAUGGCAGCCUUCCUCCCGGGCCACGAGCACAUCCUCGUGGACAUGGACGGCACCAGGGACGCCAAGAAGAUCAAGCGGAGCCUCGGCAGGUCGGGGAAGGGCACCCUGAUCUCUGCAACGUUCAAGUCGGUGGACGUCCUCGCAAACCUCAAGGGUCUGCGCAAGGACGCGGGAACCCUCGUCGUGGUGGACGAGUCCCACAACCUGUCGGACAGCGAGGAGACGCGCGACUUCCUCGAUGCCUUCCGGCGGGUCCUGCUCGUGUCGGCCACGCCCGUCGCCACGUUCGACGGCGAGGACAUCCAGACCCUGUACAGGAUGCCCCUCCGCACGGCCAUCGACGGAGGCUACGUGACGGACUACCGCGUGGUGCUCCCGCUCGUCCGCGAUGGGGACACGGACGAGCUCAAGGAGCUGGAGGGGCUCGACGAAUUCUUCAAGCCCCGGCUGCAGUUCCUCGCGACCGGCAUGAUGCGCUACGGCCUUCGCAAGUGCAUCAUCUACACGACGUCCGUCAAGAAAUGCAAGCAGAUCGUCGAGACGGCGGAGAGGAUCUUCCAGGAGCACUACGGCGUUGACUUCUUGGGGGCCUGCAUCACCGAGGGGACGAAGCCCUCGGAGCGCGACCGGGCGCUCCGCGCCUUCGCGCGCCACCCGCGGUCCGGCGUCGCCAUCCUCGCGUCCGUGCGAAUCCUGAACGAGGGCGUCGACGUGCCCCCCUGCGACUCGAUCUUCAUCGCCGAGGUCCCGGACCGCACCACGGACAGCGUGUCUAGGCGGGCCGUGCAGCGGCUGUGCCGAGCCGUCCGUAAGGAUCCGGAUGUCCCGUUCAAGGUGGCGCACGCCUUCGUGUGGGCGGAGACCGACGACGCCAUCCCGGAGUUCCUCUCCCUGCUCAAGGAGGCAGAUCCCGAGUGUCACCUACGCGUGAAGAAGGCCUCGGUCGCCUACGACGGGGGGGAGCAGCACGUCGCCGAGGAGGAGGCCGCGACCCUCGAGCUCGGCAAGUACGUCGUGGACUGCGUCGUGGUCGAUGCGGAUCGGUGGCGCGAGCGGCUCGAGGUCCUGAAGGCCUUCGUCGAGGAGCACAAGCGGCUGCCGACGUUAAAGGAGAAGCACGAGGGGGUGAAGAUCGGGCGCUGGGUGAGCAAACAGCGACAUUUCAAGCGCAAGGGCACGCUGAGGGAGGACCGCGUCGCGCUGCUCGACGCCGUGCCGCACUGGGCGUGGGACGCCUAUGGCUGGCGCGAGCGGCUCGCGGGCCUGAAGGCCUUCGUCGAGGAGCACAAGCGGCUGCCGACGCAAGAGGAGGCGCACGCGGGGGUGAAGAUCGGGGACUGGGUGCACCACCAGCGCCGGAGGUGGCGCAAGGGCACGCUGCCGGGGGACCGCGCCGCGCUGCUGGAGGCCGUGCCGCACUGGACGUGGGACAUCUUUGACGACGCCUGGCGCGAGCGGCUCGAGGUCCUGAAGGCCUUCGUCGAGGAGCACAAGCGGGUGCCGACGACGAGUGAGGAGCACGCGGGGGCGAAGAUCGGGAUCUGGGCGAAGAAACAGCGACAGAACAGGCGCAAGGGCACGCUGCCGGGGGACCGCGCCGCGCUGCUGGAGGCCGUGCCGCACUGGACGUGGGGGACUCGCGCGGUGUGA